UAAAGAAAAACAAACCAAAUAAAUACAUCUUCUUCCUCUUCUUCAUCUUUUUCAUAGAAUCUGGUCUCCCAAAAGUCACACUCUCCACCCCCAUAAUCUCACUCUGCACCAACACCCACACAACAACACACACACUCUUCCAUCAAUCUCACCCCUUUUCCCCCUUCAACUCAAACCCUAAUCCCCAAUCCCCAAACCCUAAUCCCAAUUAUUCAGAUCUCAAUCAAAUCAAUCCAUUCAUGGCUUCUCACACAAACCCAAACCAGCAACCAGCCGGACCACCAUUCGAUCCUCCACGUUUCUUCGCCCCAUCAUCUUCCCCACCACCAAACCCCAACACCCUUUACCCUCCACCGUCUUCCGCCGCCUCAUACCCACCACCCACCGUCACCGGCACCGUCACCACUGGCGGCACAUACUCCUACACCCCUCAAUCCCCAAUCUACCACCCCCAAUUCCACAUCCCAUCACCCCAAUUUCAUCCCCCUCUUCAACCCCCAAACCCUAACCCUAACCCUAAUCACGGAGUUCGAUUGAUGGCCCUAUUGAGUGCCCCACCGGCUGCAGAAUCAUCAGCACCUGUGGCUCAAUCUUCUAGCCCUAUGGUUACAUUGAAUUCUGGGUCUGGGCCAUUGAGGAUGCCCAGUAGUAAGCUUCCAAAGGGGAGACAUUUGAGUGGUGAGAGUGUUGUGUAUGAUAUAGAUGUGAGGUUGCCUGGUGAGGUGCAGCCUCAGCUUGAGGUUACGCCGAUUACCAAGUACGGGUCAGAUCCCGAGCUUGUUUUGGGUAGGCAGAUUGCGGUUAAUAAGAGUUAUGUGUGUUAUGGGUUGAAAUAUGGGGCGAUUCGGGUUCUUAAUAUCAAUACGGCUUUGAGAUCAUUGUUUAAAGGUCUAGCUCAGAGGGUUACAGAUAUGGUUUUCUUUGCCGAUGAUGUUCACCUUUUAGCUAGUGCAAGCAUGCAGGGACGAGUUUAUGUGUGGAAAAUUAUGGAAACCACGGAUGAGGAUGAUAAACCGCAAAUCACAGGGAAUAUAGUUAUUGCAAUUCAGGUUGUAGGAGAAGGCGAACCUGUUCAUCCUCGUGUUUGUUGGCACUGUCAUAAACAAGAAGUUCUUGUUGUUGGAAUUGGAAAACGUGUUUUGAGAAUUGAUACUACAAAGGUUGGGAGAGGUGAAGUCUAUUCUGCAGAGGAACCUCUUAUAUGUUCGGUUGAUAAAUUGAUUAACGGAGUUCAGCUUGUUGGUAGUCAUGACGGUGAAGUAACAGAUCUAUCAAUGUGCCAAUGGAUGACUACUCGUUUGGUUUCUGCUUCAGUAGAUGGAACGAUAAAGAUCUGGGAAGAUCGAAAGUCUUCACCAAUUGCUGUAUUGAGGCCACAUGACGGUCUGCCAGUCAACUCUGCAACAUUUUUAACAGGCCCACAUCGCCCAGAUCACAUCAUACUUAUCACUGGGGGUCCAUUGAACCACGAAGUGAAAAUAUGGUCCUCAGAGGGUGAAGAAGGAUGGUUACUCCCUAGCGAUGCUGAUUCAUGGCACUGUUUACAAACGUUGGAGUUAAAGAGCUCUUCUGAAUCUCGACUUGAAGAUGCAUUCUUCAAUCAAGUUGUUGCAUUAUCUCAAACGGGCCUUUUGUUACUAGCAAAUGCAAAGAAAAAUGCUAUUUAUGUUGUUCAUUUGGAAUACGGGCCCAACCCAGAAUCAACUCGCAUGGAUUACAUUGCGGAAUUUACGGUUACUAUGCCCAUUCUGAGUUUUACAGGCACCAGUGAUUUAUUACCGAACGGUGAACAGAUUGUUCAGGUUUAUUGUGUCCAAACACAGGCGAUUCAACAAUAUGCUUUAGACAUGUCUCAAUGCUUACCACCUCCAAUUGACAACAACUCUUAUGAGAGACAAGAUUCAACCGUUAAUGUUUCGGAACCUUCUAGAAGUAAGACAGAAACAUCUUUGGAGGUCUCGGUACCUACAUCUGAUGGUGCUUCCCUUCCAAGGCAGCUCUCGAGCUCUCCUUUGACGGAAGCUUCUAUUGAACCGCCUCCAGUAGCAUCAAGUCCUACUUUGACCCGUGAACUUUCUGAUUUGAAAAGUCCAGCUGGCGGUCAUGACUCUGAUGAGAUGAAAACCAUUGAAUAUUCAGUUGAUAGACACGUUGACGCCUCGGUGGCGACUGAUUCCGUAACUGAUGAAACCAAGUUUAAGCAUCCGACUCAUUUGGUGACGCCUGCUGAAUUGAUGGCCACAUCAUCAUCUGAAAUAAGUCACGUUACUGAGCAGAAAGAUGACAUUGAUUAUAAUGUAUUGGAUGUGGUUUCAGUUUCUGAUCCACAGAACGUUGAGCUAGAGGUCAAGGUUGUUGGUGAAACAGGAAAAAGUCAAACUAUUGAACCCGUUUCGGUUUCUCAAGGAGAGAUUCAUGGUUUUGCUUCACAGGCAUCAGAUUUCGGCCGAGCUGUGUCUGUGGAAACCUAUAUUGUUAACGAGUCGAAGCAAAUUGACGGGUCAGGUGGUCAAAAUGAAAGUCAAGAUUCGAAAACUGAUGCGUCUGAGACUCUUGUAUCCAAAACAGUUGACUCCACGGGCCCCGUGCUAUCAACCAAAGGGAAAAAACAGAAAGGAAAAAGUGGUCAACAGGCAAACCUGUCUUCUAGUGCUUUUAAUUCAACGGAUUCUUCUAUUGAACCGGGAAUCAGUUCAAGUGUUCCCUCUGUUGAAUUGAUACUUUCACAACUUCAUUCUAUGCAAGAAAUCAUUACUCAGGUCUUAGCGAAUCAAAAGGAGAUUCAAAAGCAGAUUCCGGGAAUGGUGGCAGUACCAGUUACAAAAGAAGGCCGGAGAAUUGAGGCAGCGAUAGGAAAAAGCAUGGAGAAAACGUACAAAAGUAAUUCUGAUGCUCUUUGGGCCCGCACUCAAGAAGAAUUUACAAAACAAGAAAAGUCAAACCGAGAUCGAAGUCAACAAGUUUUGGGUUUGGUUACAAAUGGCUACAAGGAUUUGCUUGCUGCUUUGGAGAAAAUGUUGAAGAAAGAAACAUCUGCACUCGUGCCGGCUAUUGUGCGCUCGCUUUCUCCGGUUAUUGAAAAAACAGUGUCUACAGCAAUCACAGACGCUUUCCAGAGAGGGGUGGCUGAUAAGUCUGUAAACCAAUUGGAGAAAUCGAUAAACUCUAAGCUUGAAGCUAGCGUUGCUAGGCAAAUUCAAACCCAGUUUCAAACUUCUGGCAAACAAGCACUACAGGAAGCACUUAAGUCGAGUAUAGAAGCAUCUGUUAUUCCUGCUUUUGAGAUGUCUUGCAAGGCCAUGUUUGAUCAAGUUGAUGCUACAUUUCAAAAGGGAAUGAUCGAACAUACAAGUACAGCUCAGCAGCAAAUCGAGGCCGCUCAUUCUCCUUUAGCCAUGACUUUGAGGGAUGCCAUUAAUUCAGCAUCAUCCGUAACUCAAACCUUGAGUGGUGAAAUAGCCGAAGGUCAAAGGAAGUUGGUAGCUCUUGCACUUGCAGGGACAAAUCCAGAAUCAGUCAACCCAUUGAUGACUCAAAUAAACAAUGGACCAAUUGGCAGUUUCCACGAGAAGAUCGAACCACCAGUGGAUCCAACGAAAGAGCUUUCUAGACUUGUAUACGAGCACAAAUACGAAGAAGCUUUUACUUCCGCCCUUCAAAGAAGCGAUGUCAGGAUCGUGUCUUGGUUAUGCUCUCAGGUUGACUUACAGGGGCUAUUAGCAAGAAAUCCUUUGCCUCUUAGUCAAGGAGUACUGUUAUCUCUGCUGCAGCAGUUGGCUUGUGACAUUGGCAAUGAUACAUCAAAGAAACUCGCGUGGAUGAUGGACGUGGUGGUGGCGAUCAAGCCAUCGGACGGGAUGAUAGCGAUGCAUGUACGACCCAUAUUUGAUCAAGUUUAUUCUAUUCUAAAUCAUCAAACAAGUGUUCCGACCACUUCAGUGUCUGAGCUGUCGAGCAUACGGGUCGUUAUGAAACUCAUCAACUCCACACUCAGGACCCUGUAAUUAAUUGAUAUAGAUAUAUUUACAGAGGACUGUGUGUACAAAGUUUUGGGAGUUUUUUUAAGGGUAAUGACUGUUUGCACUUGGAGUUGUUUAGAUCAGUUUUAGGGGAUUUUGUUUUGUUAUUAUAUUAUGGAUGGUUUAGGUCUUAUAUUGAUUUAAAAAUUGUACAUUUGUUCUUUACUUGUUUGUUAGUUUCUUUAGAGGUCUGUA